GCAUUUGAUUCGAAAUAAGGUUUUGCAUAACAAAUUUGAAUAUAUUUUUUUUAUAUUUAACAAUGUAAAAAAAAACCGAGAUGUUUUAAAAGCAUUCCUAAAUUCGAAGACUGCUGCGGACUGCUGCCCGAGCGGCCGUGCGUCCUCCAAACCGCUCCAAACUGCGAAGCAAAAAUGGGUUGGAAAUUUUUUUCGUAAUUGAAAUCUGAUAACUAAUUUUUAAAUUACUUAAUAUAAAUUAAAGUUGCUGUUAUAAAAUACUAAAUAAAAUAUUGAAUAAUAUUGCACUGUUUCACAUCUACUUGGCAACUAACAACGAAAUGAAAACAAACAGACUUCUGCUUAACAGUUAACACUCUUGAUCUUGAAUUACAACGAAGUACGAACAAAAGAAGCAUUGAAGUUUGUAACUUAAUUAAACCAUCGUGACUUUUUAUAGCGAUGAGGUUUUCGUCUUCAUUUUUUUCACGAUGUAGCACUGACAUGUUGGAGAAUUUAAAAACUGAAGCCACAAUGUAUUUCCACUGGCCUUUUUGUAAGAACAUCUGCACUUUUUGCAGCUUCAACAAAUAUAAGAAAGUGGAAAAUAGUUUUGGUAAAAUUAUUGAUGAAAGAAUGGAAAAAUGUCUUAUUAAAGAGACUGAAACAAUACUUGGGUUUACUGGAAUUAAGAAAAUUAAUUCAAUCUAUUUCGGUGGUGGAACACCUAGUUUAGCUCCCACAACAACUAUAUCUAGAAUAAUAAAUUGUGUUAAGCAAUUGACAAAUGUUGAUGAACAAGCUGAAAUAACAAUAGAGUGCAAUCCAUCAUCUUUGAGUAUGACAAAGACACUUGAGGAAUAUUUCAAAUUUGGUAUCAAUCGUGUGUCUGUUGGUGUACAGAGUCUAGAUGAUGGAACGUUGAAAGUUUUGGGACGUGAUCAUUCUGCAAAUGACAGUGUGAUGCUGCUAAAAAGUGCCCUUGAUGUAUUUGGAUCAGAUGCUGUGUCAGUUGAUCUUCUCUUUAGGAAACCAGGUGAUACCAUUCAAUCAUGGAAGAAUGAACUUAAUGAGAUACUUAGCUAUAAACCACAUCAUAUUUCCUUGUAUGAAUUGACUCCUGAAAGGGGGACACCUUUGUUUAGACAGCUCCAAUCAGGAACAGUGGUGCUACCAAAUGAAGAUGAUGCAGCCUCUAUGUAUAUACUUGCUUUAGAACUGUUGAAAGAAUAUGGCUUCGAACGGUAUGAGAUCAGUAACUUCGCAAGGGCAGGUUCAUGUGCCCAAUCAUCUCACAAUAUGUCAUAUUGGAAUGGAACGCAGUACGUUGGAAUCGGCCCUGGUGCACAUUCGAGAUUUUUCCCUCUAGGAGCAAAUUCGCGAGAAUCUCGUGUUCAGGCGUUAGAUCCCAAGUCGUGGCAAGAUUUAGUGGAAAUAAAUGGUCAUGCCACACGAUUGUGUAGACAACAAAGCCAAAUAGAUGUCUUGUCUGAAUUAGUAGCCACAUCACUUAGAACCACUAAAGGAAUACAACAAAAGAGGUGGCUUAUAUUUCAACCAGAAUAUUCCCUGGUUGAUGUUUUUGGACAAGCCCCAUCGAUUCAAAUGUUAUUUCUUAGUGGGAACCUUCAGUGGAGCGUCGAUGGCAGUUUACAAGCAACGGAAAAAGGCCUCAAUGUUGUUGACUCCAUUUUACCGAAUAUCUUAACAGUAUUAAAUGAAUUUUAUGACGAUAACAAAUAAAUAAAAAGUUUAGCCUUCCUUUUGAGAAUA